UUUGCAGCUUAUCUUCGCAUCGGUAGAGUGGAUGAGGUACACGAAAGCUUCGAAUGGUUCUGUGCCUUGAAGCUUCCAUCCAACGAAACUUUUAGGAGUACAGACGAAGACGCUCUGAUGGAUUUAUCACUGCAAAUACCGGCGAGCUCGGAGCAUUGUGCGCAUACUCGAAUCGAGGGUUUGCUUCUGAUAACGCAUCGUUACGCACAUUCCAUCCGAUUGCCGGACACACUCGAAGGCAACACCGAUGUGGGCACAGUUCAUUCAGUGCCGUUCAUCGAUAACGAUGUCUUCAUCGGAGCUGUGGAGAAGAGAAAUUUGGAUUUGAGAUUCGGAUUCGUUGCGACCAUAACUGGCUUUAUUUUGAGGAAGAGUUGA